UGAAUGCAGCAGGGCAAGUAGUCGCGGUGGAUGCAAUCUAUUGGCUUCCCAGUGCUGCCUCUAAAGUCACAACCCUGACUGGAGCCUGCACUGCCUUCACCAGCGUAUUUCUGUAGCCGCCGCCGCCGCCACCGCUGCCGCUCUCCCUCCCUCUUAAAUGGUGUGGGCAGAGUGGGAUGGAAGACUGCAUUGGAAGCCUCUUCAUGGAAAUGGUUUUUGCUGCUGGUAUUGCUGUAGCACCAUUCUGGUGACAACAACAUGCCGUUAAAAUGGAAAAGCGGUUCUCCUGUCAGCUGGAAAUUCCCAGUGCCAGUUCUUAAGACAUCCAGGUCCUCACCCCUUUCGCCUGCCUACAUCCACCAACACUCCUUUGUGGUUUGGACAACCCACUCUCUCCUCGCUGCCUGUCCGACUUACCACCUGACGGGAUCCCUCGUGGAGGACGACGACGCUCACAUGAAAGUGGCUCUGGGCUAUGGUGAUAUGGGCAUCUCUGCUCACCUUCAGGCAUCAAAGACUGGAAACACUCGGUUUUUCACAAGCAACACACACAGCUCAGUGGUUCUUCAGGGAUUUGACCAGCUGAGGAUAGAGGGUUUGUUAUGCGACGUCACACUCCUGGCUGGGGACGGAGACGAAGCCUUCCCCGUGCACCGUGCAAUGAUGGCCUCCUCCUCAGACUACUUCAAAGCCAUGUUCACAGGGGGGAUGAAAGAACAGGAUUUAAUGUGCAUCAAGCUCCAUGGAGUAAAUCGAAUAGGCUUGAAGAAGAUCAUUGACUUUAUCUACACAGCAAAGUUGUCGCUCAACAUGGAGAAUCUGCAGGACACGCUGGAGGCAGCAAGUUUCUUACAAAUCCUUCCUGUGUUGGACUUUUGCAAAGUCUUUCUUAUAUCUGGGGUUUCUCUCGACAACUGCGUCGAGGUGGGACGGAUCGCCAACACGUACAACCUCACGGAGGUGGACAAAUACGUCAACAACUUCAUCCUGAAGAACUUCCCCUCGCUGCUGGGCACGGGCGAGUUCGUCAAGCUGCCGUUCGAGCGGCUGGCCUUCGUCCUGUCCAGCAACAGCUUGAAACACUGCUCCGAGUUGGACCUGUUCAAGGCCGCGUGCCGCUGGCUCCGCUACGAGGACGGCCGCAUGGACUACGCCCCCAAGCUCAUGAAGAACAUCCGCUUCCCCCUCAUGAACCCGCAGGAGCUCAUCAACCACGUGCAGACGGUGGACUUCAUGCGCACGGACAACACCUGCGUCAACCUCCUCCUGGAAGCUAGCAACUACCAAAUGAUGCCCUACAUGCAGCCGGUCAUGCAGUCGGAACGGACAGCCAUCCGCUCAGACAGCGCCCACCUGGUCACCCUGGGCGGCGUGCUGCGCCAGCAGCUGGUCGUCAGCAAGGAGCUGCGGCUCUUCGACGAGAAAGCCCACGAGUGGAAGGCGCUGGCGCCCAUGGACGCGCCGCGCUACCAGCACGGCAUCGCCGUCAUCGGCAACUUCCUCUACGUGGUGGGCGGCCAAAGCAACUACGACACCAAAGGCAAGACGGCAGUGGACACCGUGUUCCGGUACGACCCCCGCUACAACAAAUGGAUCCAGGUGGCCUGCCUUAACGAGAAGCGGACCUUCUUCCACCUCAGUGCGCUCAAGGGACACCUCUAUGCAGUGGGUGGAAGGAAUGCUGCCGGGGAGCUCGCUACCGUGGAGUGCUACAACCCAAGGACGAAUGAAUGGACGUAUGUUGCCAAAAUGAAUGAGCCCCACUAUGGCCACGCUGGGACGGUGUACGGCGGCUACAUGUAUAUUUCAGGGGGAAUCACUCACGACACUUUCCAGAAGGAGCUCAUGUGCUUUGACCCGGAUGCGGAUAAAUGGACUCAGAAAGCGCCCAUGACCACGGUGCGCGGCCUCCACUGCAUGUGCACGGUGGGCGACCGCCUCUACGUGAUCGGGGGCAACCACUUCCGGGGCACCAGCGACUACGACGACGUGCUCAGCUGCGAGUACUACUCGCCCGCCCUGGACCUGUGGACUCCUAUCGCCGCCAUGCUGCGGGGGCAGAGCGACGUGGGCGUGGCCGUCUUCGAGAACAAGAUCUACGUGGUGGGCGGCUACUCGUGGAACAAUCGCUGCAUGGUGGAAAUAGUACAGAAGUACGACCCCGAGAAGGACGAAUGGCACAAAGUGUUCGACCUGCCCGAGUCGCUGGGCGGGAUCCGAGCCUGCACACUCACAGUUUUCCCCCCCGAGGACAUUUCGGGCUCGCCCUCCAGAGAGUCGCCCCUCUCAGCACCUUGAUGAGUAAAGGGGGUGGGCCCUGUUCCGCUCGUACCCCCUUUGACCCCCCUCGUCCCCCACAAGAAGACGCCCUCAACAAACACACCUUUUAGACAUUGUUUGCACUUCCCCUCCGGACAGCGUCUGUACCGCAUCCCCAAGUGUCCCCCUCAGCCCACACCCUAUAAAGCUGUGCAGAAACCCCCUCCUCGAGUGAAAACACCCACAUACCGACCCGGUUUGGCAACCUAAUUACAUGUUAAUGUUGCAUACUCGGUAUCUUUUGGCAGGAAAUACUUUGACUUGAAAAGUGACUUUGCAAAUCAACUUUUCUACCUGAUGUCCACAGAGUUUUUCUUAUGUCUCGUUUCUUUCGGUGUUCCACCUUGAGAUGUUGACUACCACACGGACUCUCUCUCUCUCUUCUAGUCUAUGCCAGGUUAGAUGCAGGUGACCCCCCCCCCCCACCCGGAGAGCAGAAGCGUAGGGACCGGACCGGCGCUCCGAAAACGCAGAUGGUUUUUAAACUCAGGGGUUGGCCAAGGCCCCAUCUACGUCUCUCUCGCAGUUUCACUUCUUUCCUGCUCUUGGUAUGAAACUGUUAACAAAAUGUUGUUUUCUAAAUUUAAUAAACAUGGUUUUGAAA